AUGCUAAGUCCAACAAUGAGUGUUAAUUCGCUAUCUCCAAAUGAGCCAAUGCAUUUAAUAGAACCUGCUGAUAAUUGGAAGCUCAGGCACCAUAUCAAACCUAUUACUGCAGUUAAAUUCAAUCCUGAUGGUGACCUUUUCUUUUCAGCUUGCAAGAAUAACACUGAUAAUCUUGUUGUUUGGCGAGUAGCUACCGGUGAAAAGAUCGGUACUUAUAAUGGUCAUACUGGGGCUAUCUUUUGUGUUGAUGUUGAUGCCCAGAGUCAAAAACUAGUCUCUGGUAGUGGUGAUGGCCGUGGUAAUAUUUGGGACAUUGAAACUGGCAAGCUUAUUUAUUCCUGUGAUAAUCUCGUUGCUACUAAGAGUGUCUCCUUCACUCCUGAUGGUCAAAAAGUCCUUAUGUGCACCGAUGCCAUUCUUGGUCAGCAACCAGCUAUUUGGGUAUACGACACCAAAUCAGGCGAACUCAUCAAAAAACACCAAACUCAAUCCAUUCCCUCAGCUAUUAAUACUACUAUUGAUGGCCGUAUUAUUUAUGCUGAUAAACUCGGCUCAAUUAAUCUUCUCGAUGAACGAACUUUCUCUCUUCUCUCCCAAACCAAACUCCACCAGGCUAAAAUCAACUCUUUAACUCCAUCGUUCUGUCGCACAUACUUUGUUUCAUCCUCCUCUGAUUUCAAAAGCAAGAUUAUCAGUGUAGCCAACCAGGACCCAGUUGUAAUCCGAGAAUUCCUUUCUGACUCACCUAUUAACUGUGCCCGAGCCACUCCAGAUAACCGCAUGGUCUUCUGUGUUGGAGGUACUGAUGCUCGAGAAGUCACCACUACCAAAGGCAAAGGAAACUUCAACAUUGAAGCCUUUGAUUGUGUGAACUCCAAAUUAAUAGGACAUUAUAGCACGCACUUCGGAACUAUCAAUGUUGUAGAUGUGCAUCCAUCAGGCAAUGCCCUACUUUCCGGGGGAGAAGAUGGAGUCAUCUGCCUUAUCCGUCUAGACGACAACUCCUUUCUCAACGCCCCAUUCACUCCCUUCACCGAUUAG